AUGUUGGGAAUCGCCGACAUCGAUACGGCUGAUAUCGAGGGCAUUGAAGAGAAAGAGAAAGAACAUCCACUCCAAGACCGCAUACGGGCAGAGCAGAUCGUCCAGGGUCAAAUAUUCCAGGAGUGGGUUGUAUCGCCAACAUCCAUGAAAUUGAUGAUCUAUGGCAACUUCUCCAGCCUCAUGGUGGAGACAUCUGCUCUAUCCAUUUUCUGCACGACCCUUAUAAAGGCAUUCCGUCCUCGGAAACACUACCUAUGCCUCGUGUGGUUUUGCGGCCGUCACUUGGAAUACGACGACGGAUCGGACUCCGAUUCGAGCGACGAGGAGGAUGAUCUUGAUAGUAGUCUUUAUUUAGGACAAUACGAGGAAGAUAACUACAGCUCGGGGACUAGACAAGGUGUGAUCAAGCGGAUGAUGCGAAGUCUCAUUGCGCAGCUGCUUUGCGAUUACGAUUUUGGUCCAAGAAAUCUUUUGCCCCCGGGUGUUGACCCGGAACUUAUUGAGGAAGGUCAUAGUCUAUCGCAGUUGAGGCACCUCUUUGGCUGGUUGGUUCGACAAUUGCCCGAGGAGAUAACGCUUUUCUGUCUGGUGGACGGCAUUUUCUUCUAUGAGCGGGAAGACUUCGAAGACCCGAUGCUUGAUGUAUUGGGUGACAUUCUCGAACUCACGACGUCUGAUGAUGUGCUGGCGUCGGUUAAAGUGUUGGUAACUAGUCCACGACCAACGUCGACAGUUAGAGUAGGCUUCGAGGAUGAGGACGAUAGCUCAGACGGUGCCGGAGAGACGAAAACCUCGAUAUUAUCCAUGGACUUACUAAUUCCAUCGCACGUAGAUGUCAGCGAGGAAAGAGUCGAUAGGAAUUUAGGGGUAAUUGAAGAUGAGAGGGCCAGGGAAGGGCUGGCGGAGUCAAAUCUAACCUAG